AUGCCUAGGUCUUUCUUGGUGAAGAGCAAAAAAGCGCACAGCUACCACCAGCCGCGAUCUUUGGAGGAUGACUUCAACAGACUUGAUAAUAUUUUGGCUCAUAUAUGUGCAGAAAGUAAAACUUCAGACGAGUCGGAGUGCUGUGCGGAUGCUCUGACAGGCGACACGACUGGCGCUGGUUCACCAGACUCUCACCUUCUGGAUCAAGCUGAUCUUUCCUCCAAGUCUCCUCUCAGCUGUGAGGAAAGCGUGUGCGAUCGCUCGUCAGAUUACGAGGACUUUUGGCGACCACCAUCACCAUCAGCAUCACCGGAGUCGGAAAAGUCUUUUUCACCCUCCGUGGAAGAAACACAGCCCUUCGCUGUACCCUUCAGGCCUUACGCUUGGAGCAGGUACUCGGGGUGUGAAAUCAGGCAGCUGGUCCAACAUACCCUCAACCAUCACCGCUCUCUGGAUCUCGAGCGGCCUACUCCAACCUAUUACAAUGAGCGCGUGACCGAGCCCUCUAUUUUCACCGAACGAGGAUCUGGCGCAAGAAUUUACAACAGCUAUGGCUCCACUGCCUCUUUGUUCGAGCGCGCCACUGCUUCUGGACUCUUUGAUGAUAGCAGCAUGUUGGGAAAAGGAACUGAGAUGAAGUCCAGCUCUGAUGUGAUCUGCAGUCGUCUCCUGUUAAAUGGCGCAUACAAAUGUAUAAAAUGCAGCAAGGUGUUUUCUACACCCCAUGGCUUGGAAGUUCACGUCCGGAGGUCGCAUAGUGGAACAAGACCGUUCGCUUGCGACAUUUGCGGGAAAACGUUCGGACACGCGGUCAGCCUGGAGCAACACAGAGCUGUUCACUCACAGGAGAGAAGUUUUGAUUGUAAAAUCUGCGGGAAAAGCUUUAAAAGGUCUUCCACCCUGUCCACUCAUCUCCUUAUACACUCCGACACACGGCCCUACCCGUGCCAAUACUGCGGGAAGAGGUUUCACCAGAAAUCAGAUAUGAAGAAACACACAUUUAUCCACACAGGGGAGAAGCCACACAAAUGUCAGGUGUGUGGAAAAGCAUUCAGUCAGAGCUCCAAUCUGAUAACGCACAGUCGGAAACACACUGGAUUCAAACCGUUUGGAUGUGACCUUUGUGGAAAAGGAUUCCAGCGCAAGGUUGAUUUAAGAAGACAUAAGGAAACACAGCACGGACUGAAGUGA